AUGGCAUAUGGGAACGAAGAUGCCCAGCAACUCCGCUAUUGGAAGACCAAAUCAACAGCUAAAGCUCCAAUUAUCAUCUUUGUUCAUGGCGGUAGUUGGCGAUCAGGGACAUAUUUGGACUCGGUUGGUUCCCUAAAGGUUAAUCAUUUGACCCAGAAGGGCUAUGCCUUCGCCACUAUCAACUAUACCCUCAUUCCUCUUGUGACUGUGGAGCAACAGAUACAGGAGGUGGUUAACUCGUUAGCAUACCUGACUGAUAACGCCGCCAGACUUGAAUUUGAUCUCGAGCGGGUCAUUCCUAUGGGACAUAGUUCCGGCGCACAUGUUGUUACCUUACUUGGGACCGACUCGAGCUACCUGGAGCGAGCAGGAAUCAAUAUCAGUAUUGUACGGGCCGCUGUAUCUCUAGAUGGCUCAAAUUAUAAUGCACUCGCGGAGAUCAUUGAUAGUCCUGGGCAAAUAGCGGAGAAUACUAUCUUCGGGCUGGAUAGCGACCCGGAGCGACUACGCGCUAUGUCACCUACUUGCUAUGCCCGUGCACUGAAUGCCCAGGCUUUUUUGCUCCUUCAUGUCCUGAAGCAGGGUGACGUUCGCCAGGCAGUCGAGCUGGCCGCGGCACUGAACGCUGCAGGCACCGAAGCUUCUUUAAACGUGUUCGAGGGCGAUUUUUUCGAAGGCCAUAGACAAAUGCUGCUUCGACUUGGCGAUCCAAAUUAUCCCGCGACAGUAGUCAUAGAUAACUAG